ACUAGCUUUGGAAAUGUUAUCGUUGAAACCAAAAACAUGAAAAUACAGGGAAAUCUCAAAAGAAUGUCUUCUAUCCAAAAGCACAAACAUUAGUGUUGGCUAUCUUGUAUUGUAGCAAAUAGAAGAUAUCUAUAGUUAAAUCAAAUAACCAUGGUACUAUUAUUAUGAUUCAAGAGAGUUUUAAACAUGGCAGAAAAAAUUACAAAAGAAUGUUCAGAAGCUGGUCAUUUUUAGCACAAUAUUAAUAGAACCAAAUGCUAUCUUUGACAAGUAUAGAUUCACCCCAUUGGUGGAGUUGCUUUGUUUACUCAAUGGACUACUCUUCUAAAAGCUUUAUGAAAGUGGUAAUAACAAGAUGCUUUGAAAGUAACUUUUCGACUAUGAAUUGAGUAGGCAUGGUGCGGACAUUUACUAUAAUAGAAAAAGAUCAUGCCAAUAUCUUACUUGAACUUGUACUUAAUGUUUAGGCAUGGUGCGGACAUUUACUACUGAUGGAGAAGGGCGUGUUAGGCCGACUGCGUCAGCACGUCGACGUGGCCGCACAAAAGUUACUUCUUCGAAUCCGGUGGCUGAAGAGGAGCCACAUCAGGAAGUAGAGGAGGCCCAGUUGGAUGAUGUUCAUAACAUAGAAGUUGAUGAUUCUGGUGUAGAUGGAUAUCCUGGUGGUCCUAUUGACACUUCUGUUCUUAAGACAUACGGAGACCACGUGGCUGGUCGACUUUGGAAUGGAGAGGAUCGAGGGGAGCUGAGGAUAUUCAACAACGGAAAAAAGAUGAAGCGUGUUAUCAUUGAUCAUGCCGAGGUACAACGCUUAGUAGAGGGAUCGGGACUCCUACCUUUGUUGAAAUGCAGCUAUGAAAUGAUAGACAAGGGACUCAUUUCUGCUUUCGUAGAGAGGUGGCAUCGGGACACCAACAGUUUCCAUCUUCCGAUUGGAGAGAUGACCAUUACCAUGGAUGAUGUGUGGUCUUUGUUACAUAUACCUAUCACUGGGGCAUUCUUCACUUUCACUGUGUUUGACAGGGACCAAGCUGCAAUUGUAUUAUCUGAACUAUUAGGAGUUUCCAUAUCAUUUGCUCGGACUGAGUUUCGUGUCACUAAUGCGUCACAUGUUCGAUUCUCUUGGUUGUUAGAUCUGUAUAAUCAACGUUGUGGUGAGAAACGUUGGGUUGAGGCUGCAAGGGCAUUUUUAUUUUGUCUGGUUGGGUGCACACUCUUCACUGACAAGAGUGCAAACGGAGUAGAUGUUGCAUACUUAGAGUGUUUUCGUGACCUCGAUAGUUGUGGAGGAUAUGCAUGGGGUACUGCUGCCCUUGCCUAUUUGUAUGACAAUCUAUGCCAUGCAAGCCUUCAUCACAUCAAAACUAUUUCGAGUUACCUAACACUGAUGCAGGCAUGGGUUUAUGAACACUUCCCUUCUUUAAGAACUAAUUCUUGUAAGUUGAAAUCAAAGUAUAAAGAAGAAUUACCCCGAUCCAUUAAAUGGAAGCCGAAGAGGGAUAAAGGUCAGGUGAUUCCUUUUAGACAAACUCUUGAUAUUAUGAUUGUUGAUCAGGUUUGUUGGAAUCCUUAA